AUGACAAUAAUAUAUAAACCACGGCGCACUCGUAAACAGGCCUUCCGUGUUCCUCUUCAAAUAGUGAAAUUGUGAGAGCCCAGCCGUUUUUGCUUCUCUUCAGCUAAAGCUUAGCCACAUCCACUAGAACCUCCAUUCGGCGUUCAUUCGUUAAGAUGAGAGGAAGGAGUUACAGUCCUUCUCCUCCAAGAGGAUAUGGCAGAAGAGGUCGGAGCCCUAGCCCUAGGGGAAGAUAUGGAGGCCGUGGUAGUAGAGAUCUUCCUACUAGCCUCCUAGUUCGCAAUCUUCGACAUGACUGCAGGCAAGAAGAUCUUCGCCGGCCAUUUGGGCGGUUUGGUCCUCUAAAGGACAUUUACUUGCCUAGGAACUAUCAUACUGGGGAACCCCGAGGUUUCGGUUUUAUCCAAUUUGUGGAUCCUUCUGAUGCUGUAGAGGCCAAGCAUCAUAUGGAUGGUCAGGUUCUCCUUGGUCGGGAGUUGACUGUGGUAUUUGCGGAGGAGAAUAGGAAGAAACCUACUGAGAUGAGAGCAAGGGAGCGACCCAGCUCUCGAUAUGAUGAUAGAAGGCGAUCUGCUCCACGCGAUUCUCGCUCUCCACCUCCUCGCUAUGCUAGAUCACGAUCUCGUAGUCAGGAUUAUUACUCUCCUGCCCCCAAAAGAAGGCAAUACUCAAGAUCUGUCUCUCCCCAAGAGAGAAGGUACAGUCGAGAGAGGUCAUAUACUCAUUCCCCUGCCUUUGAUGGCUCAAGGAACCGCAGCCAAAGUCCGCAGAGGGUUCAGAACCGAAGCCGUAGUCAGAGUCCUGUUAGAAUCCGGAGCAGGAGCCCUGUUCGAAGCCGGAGUCGUAGCCCAAUCAGAGGCAGAAGCCAGAGUCCAAUCCAAGGCAGAAGCCAGAGCCCCAUUCGUGGCAGAAGCUUUAGCCCUAAUGGAGAUUACUCGAGGGAACCAAAAGGGAGGUCUCCUAGUCAGUGAGCCACAUGGAAAUAAACCAUUGUUGUGAUAACUGUUUUGAUUUUCGAUACUCUUGCAGUGCGUUCUUUUAUGGACUAUGUAUUUGAAGGUAGAUUGUAUCCGAGUUUGAAAUUUAAAUCAUUUUACUGCCCCGUCCUUUUCAAAACAUAGUACAUCGGUAUUGGUAAUGGACCA